CUAUGUUCCAAAAAAUUAUUACAUUAAACAGCACAUACAUGGAGCUCUUCCUAUAGUCUUUAUAUAUAUAUUGAAGCAAUGUAGAUCAAAGGGAACAAAGAAAAUGCCUCUCUUCUCUUCCUCUAAAUCUAUGGAUUGCUCAGCAAAUGUUCUCAAAGAAUGUGACACUACAAUUCCGGCAAUGAAACAUGCUUCUUCUCAUCGAACUCCUUCAUUUUCCUCAUCCUCCUCCUUCUCUUCGUCUUCAUCUUUAUAUUUUCUCGACGAUUCCCCUUUUAGUCCGGCAAACCCACUCGGAUUUUCUGGGGUUCCAUUUUCUUGGGAGCAUUUGCCAGGAAUCCCCAAGAAACAAAGUCACAAGAUCAAAAGGGAGACAACAUUAGCGAAAGUCCUUCCAUUACCUCCUCAUACCUCAAAAAGAUUCAAUUUGGAGGAAGUUGGAAUCAGAAAGAAGAAUUCUAAUGAAAGCUUUGCAAAGGAUCCUUUCUUCACUGCUUUAGUUGAAUGUUCAAAGGAUGAUAAUGAUGAUGAAGAAUCUGGUAGUAACUUCUGGAAUGGAACAAAGGUGACAAGAAGCAUUAGUGACAGGUUUGGAUUUAUAAAUCUUUACACUUCCUGUAAAAGAACUUGUGCUGUUUCUGAAUCAAUAGUAUACCUUCCAAGAUCAAGCAGAACAUCAUAUGAUGAUCUAAUUACUCGUCGGCCGCGCUGAAAUUAAUUAAGAUCAUCUUCAAUAUGAUCAUCAUUUUCUGGAAUUUGGGUUCAUCAUGUUCUUGUAUGAAUCAAAAAAAAAAAAAAAAAGGGUCUUUAAUUAUUUUAUUUUUCCCCUUUUCUGCUUAAUUUCUUGGUAUGUUACUGUAAUAUGUUAAUAUAACUUGAAAAAAUUUAAGAUUUC